AUGAAUGACGAUGACGACGUGGAAGAGUUCUGCAAAACGUAUGUGGUGGAAAAAAGGCUGGUUAGACAGUACCUGGAACAUCUUCGCGAACUAGAAAGAAGGAAAAAAAAGAGGGAAGAUAGCAGAAAGUGCGCAAAUCUGGAAGAAAAGAGAAAGACCUUUGAAGAUUACAACUGGAAAGCUAUUUACAGGGAAGGAAAAAUAAAGAAACUGAAAGUUGUUGUAUUGGACAUGUAUAUAUCAAUGAGAAAUUUGAAGCAGUCGAAAGGGGCGUUAAAGCAAGAAAAAGUCGAUAUCGUAUCACUUGACAUAGCAAAGUCGCUAGUCCCUGAUAACCGUCAACUUUCUGAAGUUAACAGAGAUAGUAACAACCAGGAUUCUGGUGACGACGAUGUUGUCGUGCAGGAGAUUGGAAGUGAUGAGGAUGAUAUUGAUUCCGACGACGACGAAGGACAAAUUUAUGAAGGUGAUGAUUUCCAACCUUUUGCAGACCACAAGAUCUGGUAG